AUGGCCGGUGCCGAGGACAAGCCCGCCUUCGCCCUCGUCAUGGCCGUCGCCGAGGCUGAGCACCUCACCGUCGUUUCCACUUCCCCUCUCCGCGGCCGGACGUGUCCGCCGCCGCCGGACAAAUUCCGCCGCCGGCCGCAGCCACUCACGGCGCGCCACGUCGCCCGGGCUGCGCCCCACUUCGCCGCCGACCGCGCGGGCCCGGGAGGCCCACAUCCGGCCCCCGCCGGCCCGUCUCCUCCUCCGCGCCCGCGCCUCCACCCCGCCCGCGAGCGCCGCCGCCACAUCGCCGACCGUCGCCGCGCGUCGCCGCCCUCGGUGCCCGCCGCCUCGCCGGUCGCCGCCGCCGUCCUCCUCCGCGCCCGCACCCGCAGCCGCCCGACGCCGGCGCGCCGCCUCCCCGCGCCCUGCUCCACGCCGGCGCCCUCCUCCCGUCGCAAUGCCGGCCACCGCGAGCAGCACUCCGCAUCCAGUUCCACCGCGCCUCCUUCCCCAAGCCCAACGCCAUGGAAGGCUCGGACCCGAGCUCGCCGUUGGCGUGAUGAGCUCCGUCGGAUCCCCUCCUCCGUCCACAAGCCCCGGGACGCCGCCGUGACUCCGUUACACGCCUUCCCCGAGUCGGAUCGCCAAUUUCCUCGACAUCUUCUUCCUCUGCUCGACUUCUUCAGGGAACGCGAACACCUCCACGAUCAGCGCUUCUUCCUGUACGCCUCCGUCGUCGCGUACCCGGCCUCCACGUCGUAUCCUUCGAGCCCAUGCCUGUCAUUUGCUCUUCUUCAUCCCGCAUCUCAGCUUUUCUCCUCUAACAAAUCGCCAGCAACGGCAUGGCUGCCCAUCGCCCCCGGCCACCCGUCGCCGGCAGGCGAGGUCGUCGGCGUCGACUCAACUGAGGCUGCGUGCUGCAACCCGCCACGACGGACAGCCGCUAGCCUGGGGCGACGGCCUGGCCGUGCGCCACCACACCCCGAGUCCUCUUGCGUUUGCGCUGCACGCUCCGACGAGGCCUUGCUACGAGCGGCGACCGGUCGCCGGAGACUGGCACAGCAGCGAGGCAUGCUGCAACCUGCGUCCGUCGAAGCUGGAACCGCCAUCUCGGCGUGCUGCAACCAGGCAACACAGAGCUGCGACGGGGGCGGGUGGCGACGGGCGGGGCUGGGAUUGCUGGAGCCAGCGACGGGAGGUACUACAACCGGUGUCAUCGGGAGCAUCGACGGUCCGCGGCGGUGCUCCAAAUUUUUCUUUGGUGGAAAGACAACGAGGUGGCUUCUUUUGCUGGAACCGGCCCAUACUUUUGCUACUACCUUCUUUUGAUUUUGCUGGAGCCGGCUAGAAAUUUGCUACUACCGUAUUUUGAUUUUCGCUGAAAGAAGCCUAAUUUUUUGC